AUGGCCGGCGCGAUGUUGUCCACACGGGCGACUUCCUCCCUCUUCCCACGGCUUCCCUCCUCAGCCUUCUUCUCGCCGUACAGACUUGCAUCGCUUCAGAUAAGGCACAUGUCUCUUCCAUUCCUGCCGACAUAUUCGCUUGCCAUACCUGCAAUCUCUCUGAACCUCCCGUCCAUUCCGGACGUGCUCGAAGGAAUCUGGGAGGGUAUCUUGAAGGCUGUUCCCAAGAAGAAGACAUCACAUUCCAAAAAGAGGCACCGGCAGAUGGCGGGGAAAGCGCUGAAGGAUGUCAACAAUCUAUGCAAAUGCCCUGUCUGUGGAGGAACGAAGAGAAUGCACCACCUCUGCGAGACAUGCAUGAACAAGAUGAGGAACAUGAUGGACAAGAGGAUCGAGAACAAACAAGCAAAGCCAACGAUAAAAAAGACAAUCGAUUCCAAGCAGUACUUGACCACCCAUACGGUGGACAAUGCCCACACCACCGAUAUCUUCUCCCUGGCCGCAACGCCAAACUUCCUCUUCUCUGCGAGCGGCUCCUCCACGAUAAACCUUCACCGGAUCAACGAUGCUUCGGGGACCUUUCCCAUAAGCCAGUCUCUCUCCGCACACAAGCUCGGCUGCCACCACGUCGCAACCGCACCCCGUGGCUCGAAUGGCACCGUAGCUGCCUCGAUCGGCUUCGGUGGCGACAUCAAAAUAUGGCGGUCAAACCCAGACAGCGGCGACUUCGCACUCGACUACGAGAUCACGCCCGCUGAGGCCAAGACCAAGGGCGCUGCUGAUUCAUGGGCUGUGGCGCUCAGCUCCGACGAGAACUACAUGGCCUGCACAACCCACGACGGCAGAAUACACGUGUGGGAUCUCGCAUCCAAGACCGUCUUGCAGACCUACGAGACGGGAGGUGGCGGGAACGGAAGCUUUGGCCUGUCCGUGGACCUGAGUGCUGAUGGGCGUCUGACGGCGAGUGGGCACCAGAAUGGGUCGGUCUACGUGUUCAACAACGACGCGGGACAUUUGAAGUACUCGCUAUCUGGUCUCGCAAAACCAGUGAGAGCAGUUGCCUUCUCACCAGGAAGCACUCGCCUCGCGGCGGCGGGCGACGCAGGCAUCAUCGCCAUCUACGAUGUCACUACCGGAGAGCAUGUGGGCAUUCUGAACAGCGGCGGCUCCUCGUCUGCAUGGAUCACCUCCCUGGACUGGUCAGACACGGGCGAGUUCCUGCUCUCCGGGUCUACUGACGGGAAGGUCAAGGUUUGGUCGAUAGAUCGCGGUGUCUGUGUGGCGACGCAUAGCGAGACGGACAAAAUUCUCUGGAGCGUCAAGUGGUUGCCAAAGGCGGCGGCGCAUCGCGGGGAGAUGUUCUGUACGGCAGGUGCGAACCGCAGCCUGACUUUCUACCGCGAGGGUGGAAAGGUCUGA